AAAUUGGCCGACUCGUCUGAGGACGAAAUUCUAUCGAGCGACGAAGAAUGUUUUCAGAAACGGUGGUUUAUGUGUACUUUCCCGGCCAAAAAAACCCAAGUUAGUGAAAUGUAAUAGCAUGUGCAAUAGUAAUGUAAUAGCCCAUGUAAAAGACAUGGGCUCGUUUUGUAGAUUUUGUUCUUCAAUGGCAACAUUUAGAGGGCGAUCAGGCCGAAAUAGCAAAAGAUUUCGUCAACAAACAUGCUGCCGAGUUCAACAGACAUCUGGAUCUGGAUCAAUAUUCUCAACGCUCUUACUAGAGCAAAACGAGAAGACAUGGCGACAACAUUGCAUCGGCGAUGGCAAUUCCGUGCGAUGCAGGAUUCCACCGCAUUUGUUAUUCGAGAUUUACUGACAAGCAACACAUUUUACGAGUAACUCAACGGAUGACGAAGAGCAGAGAAAUGGUUGCCAGCAGCUCUGCUUGUACAGGUAUAUGGAAGAGAAGCCUUCAACCCACUCCAGAGAUCCCACUACCUUCUAACCAUGGAUGGAAGAUGGAAAAUGGCAACCUUCUCAUCAAUUGGAUGACCCUUCCACCAGCACCAGAUAGUGUCAUGGAGUUUGCCAACUGUUCUGGAAGUUGCACGAAGAACAAAUGCAGCGAUACCAACACCUGUACUUAUUGCAGAACACUGUUUCAUGUAUUGAUCUCUGUAAGUGUGCCAGAGAGAACUGUAACAAUAUAACUGGACAUGCUCACCUCGAUGAUGAAGAUGAAGAUGACGAGUUAUCUGAUCCUGAAGAAGAUUAGAGCAAUUAUUUGACUGUCUAUGAUUACAGUAGAGAGACUGGGGCCAUAUGCUUGAUAGCCAAGUAUAUUUUGUUUCUUUGAGGCACUUGUGUCGGGGAUUAUUUUUCUUAUUCAUAGUAUUACAGAAUCGCACAGAUGGACUUGAAAAGCUGCUUUUAUAAAUAUGUGAGUACAAAGACUUGCAUCAAUAAGCUACAGUGCUGCGUCAAUGAAACAAAAUAUACUUAAUAUACUAUGCAGGUUGUGCCAAUGGCCCAUUAUUGGUUUGCAUCAUUGUAUCCUGGAGAGAAAAGUUUAACAUAGAGUGGAUGGACUCUUUUGAUGUACAAUGUAGUUUGAUUUAAAUAACCUAAGGAAGUACUAAAGUUAUUCUGGUACAAAAAGUUGUUUAUUCAUCUGCUGAUAUCCUCUAACAACAACAAAUCAUCUACCAAUUGAAAAAGGUUAGUCAGAAAAUGGUGUAAUAUUCAGCAUCUUGCAAAUUGUCCAAGGCUCUUUACUCAAGCAUCCCGCUUUGAAUUCACUUGUAGCAUGAAUCACAUGUUGGACGACGAACUGCUUAAUUUUGGCGCGGUACCGCAGUACUGCCUGUUAUACAGUAUACUGUGGGAUCGAAUAGUGGUUUUUCAACCUCGUACAGCAAAAAAAACUAUAAAAAAAACUUGCUUCAAUCCCCACGGUAUACUGUAUCAAGUUUUUACUGCAAUGCAAUGUUAUGAAUUCAAAGCGGCAGGGUGCUUGAAGCAUUAGUAGCAUGAAUCACAUGUUGAACGACGAACUGCACAAUUCUGGCACGGUACCGCAGUACCUGAUAUACAGUUUACUGUGGGGUCGUACAGUGAUUUUUCAACCUCGUACAGCGAAAAACCUAUAAAAAAAUAUGCUUUAACCCCCCACAGUAUACUGUAUAUCAAGUUCUUAUUGCAAUGCCAUUUGGGGAACUCUAAGGCGGCGGGGGGUGCCUAUGCAUAUUGUGAGAUUUAUAGCGUUUUUACCUUUUGACAUUUUUGUGUCAAAAAUUGGACUCCACAAAAAGGCUAACCUUUUUAGUUCUCACAAUAAAGGAAAACCACCCACUGUUAUGGCAUAUUUGUACAGGGUUAUGUACUUUGGCAGGUUUAAAACCUCAAUGUCACCCAUUGCAUAACGCGAAGCCCACUUGCAGAGGGUCUAGGCCAAUUUAGGGGUCAAAACAUGCACUAAGGUUAGGGAUGGUAUACAUGUUUACCUGCGCAUUGGUGUGUAAACACGUGUACCAUCCUCUUGCGCACAUUUCGACCCCUAUUGGCCGACAAAAAAAUAUUGAGUGCUUGGAGUGUUGUGGUUGAAACUUUGCAUCCAAUGGCGACCCCCAGAGCAUUCUAUUUUUCCUCAGGCUACGCCUCCAAAGCUCACCGCUGGAGUUGGAGAUUUAACCAUAGCAGUCUGUAGUUGCAUAAUAUAGCACACCUUACAAAGAUUCUACAUUUGUAUGCCUUUAGAGCGAGUUUUUCACUUUUGUUUAAGGCAUACAUUCUUGUUUUGUUCCAAAAAACAUGAACUACAUUUUUUACUUUAAAAACCACUAUUUUAUUGAUCUAAUUUAAAGAAUCUACUAUUUUUGUAUGUUUUCCUUCAUCAAAAUCAAUAAACAUUGCUCUCAGGGUGAAAUUUCAUUUGAA